AUGAAGAAAGAAGAAAAACAAAAGAUAAUCGAGGAAAAACAAAAACUGAAGAAAAAAAAACAUCAAAAUCAGAUAAGACAAAAAGGAAAGCGUCCCAGACAUGAGUCAACUGACGAAAGCGACAAUGAGGACGACACCUCAUGUCUCUAUUGUAGUGGAUUAUAUUCCGAAUCUGUAGAAGGCUGGAUAAACUGUAUAAAGUGUAAUAAAUAG